AUGUUUGAAAACACCUGCACGCUUCCGCUUCACGCGGAUAUCUUCACCACCGCCUUGCACCCAACAGCACCUCUGCUGAGCGUUGGACUGUCCAAUGGCGUUGUCGAAACAUUUCGACUGCCACCGGGCAACUCUGCGGACGAUAGCGUCGACGGAGACGCGAGCGUUCUGAGCGAUGGGAGAUCGACGAUUGGCUCUGUCUGGCGCACCAAGAGACACAAGGGAAGCUGUCGCUGUCUGGCCAAUUCCCAUGAUGGACAAUACCAGUACUCUGCUGGCACGGAUGCGAUGAUCAAGCACUACGACACCGCAACAGGCCGAGUGAUCUCGAAGCUUGCGAUUCCGACGAAUACUUCCAAGCCUGAUGGCCCAGCGCUGCUCCACGUGCUCAACCCAAUGAAUCUCCUUCUAGCGACCGAUACGGGAGCUCUACAUAUCAUCGACCUACGCGAUGGCGCUGUGGGUAAAAAGCCGGCGCAAACACAUUACCCUCAUUCCGACUACGUCUCGUCCAUCAUGCCACUCCCGCCAACUGAAGAAAGCACCAGUGGCUUCCCCAAGCAAUGGGUCAGCACGGGAGGUACAACUCUGGCUGUUACAGACGUACGACGAGGAGUCUUGGUGCGAAGCGAAGACCAAGAAGAUGAGCUUUUGAGCUCUUGCUUCGUGCCUGGUCUGGGACCCAAGAAGAAUCGAAAUAAUGGCGUCGUCGUUGUUGGGUCUGGAUCCGGCGUAUUGACCAUGUGGGACAAAGGAGCUUGGGAUGACCAGCAAGAGCGCAUCAUUGUAGAUCCGCCAAAGGCCGGCGGAGAGAGCAUUGACGCAAUUGCGCUGAUACCUAAAGAAUUGGGACUGGGGAAGAAGGUUGUCUGCGGCGUUGGCGAUGGCAGCCUGAGAAUUGUCGAUCUGGUACGGAGAGAAGUGAAUACGUCGGUGAACUUGCGACACGACGACAUGGAGGGCGUGGUCUCGCUGGCAUUUGACUCGGAGAACCGUCUGAUCAGUGCUGGUGGUCGAACAGUCAAAAUCUGGGAAGAAUUAUCGGAACUUCAAGGCGAUCAGGACGAUAGCGAGAAUGAUGAUGAUGAUGAUGACGACGACGAGGACGAAGAUGACUCGGAUGAUGAAAAGGCAGCAAAUGGCAAGCGGGCUGCUGAGAGCGACAGCGACGAUGAUAGCGACGACGGCGUUGAGGAGAUGAAGCAACGGGCCAAAAGACGAAAAGAACAGCAGCAACACAAAUUGGGUCCGAUGGGCGCCCAUGGAAUCAUGGGUUUUGACGGUUUGGAUUAA